ACUGCAGUAAAGUGCAGUAAAGUGAUAAAUGUCAAAAUGGGUCAAAAGUUAAAUGUAAUAAUAAAAACAGUGUAAAGUAAAAUAUAUCUUACGUGUAUAUUGUAUAAAAUGUAGUUUAGGUGUAAAUAAAUAAAAACAUACAUCCUAGUGCAGCAAAGUGAUUAAAAAUGGGGUCCACUCUACCUCCCAUGGAGUAUUUUACUCCUGCGCCCAAUAUAACAACAAAACAUUUAAAUCUAGAAGAUAUUAAAAUGGAUUCUAAUUUUGCUAUGCUGCUUUGCAGUUUGGUUUUUGCAGUUUCUUGGGUCAUUUAUAUUACUUAUUAUAACUCCAGGGUUAUGGGGUAUAUAAUUACAAAAGUAGUUAAUAAAUUAUUCAUUGGAGAAGGUUACUUUAAAAUAGGGUCUUUAACUCUAAAUGCCUUAUCUGGCAAAAUAAUGUUUAGAGAUUUAGUCUACAUCACCCACGAUUACACGCUACGAAUUCAAGAUGGGUAUCUAAUUUUUAGAUGGUGGAGGUCUUAUGUUCCCAAAGAUGUUAGUGAAGAUCUUUCUCAUUCAGAUACAAGACUUUCUGUGAUGCUGAAUGUGUUUGAAUUACAUGUUUAUAAUCGUUCUGAUCUUUACUCAAGGCUAGAAAAAGUUUUUGGUUUAUCUCCUGGUAUGUUCCCCAAUAACGAUAAAUAUGAUGCGGAAGCAGAAAGAAAUGAGAAUGAAGCCCAAGUUGUACCAAAAAAAGACAAGAAAAAACCGAAACCUGAAGCUGCAAUGGCAAAAACAUGGAGAGAUUUAAUACCUGUUAUAAAAUGUGAUGUAUCUUCUAGUCGUGUUGUCUUUGGAAACCGCCUAGUACCAACCACUUUAAGUAUAACAUUUGAGGAGUCACACUUUGUCUACUCCACCAAACCUGCGGUAUGUACUCUAGAUAGAUUCAUGCACUUCGUCAAAUGCAAGGCAGAGAACGUUAAAGUUAUGUUAGCUCCAAGCAUCAAAUAUACAGGAAUGCUUGAUGAGCCACCAAGAUAUAUGGGUGAAGGAUUUGUGUUGAUGUCCACAAAUGAUGUAGAAUUGUAUUUUUAUAUGGAUGAGCCAGGUUUGGUGCCAGAGGAGCCUGUUUUGAUUACUCUAGCCAAUGGAGAAAUCGUAGAACCUAGCCCUCCUCAAUGGGGCGUAGAUAUUAAAUGUGGAAAAGGUACUGACUUCAGUUAUGGACCUUGGGCAGAUCGGCAACGAGAACAUCUUUUUAAAUUUUUCUAUCCUCAAGAUUUUUUGCCCAUGGAAGUUACAGUGCCCCCAAAACCGGGCGAAAAAAGACAAAUGCAAUCAUUUGAUGUAAGAUUGUUAAUGCAGAAUGAGGCGACGAUUGAUAUCCUGUUCACCAAAGACAAAGAAACGAAUGCUGUACAUAUUAACGUUGGUGCUGGAAGCUAUUUAGAGGUUACAAUUCCAUGGGUGACUACAGCAGAAGGAUAUACAACAGUGAUAAAAGGCCAACUUCUACAUCUUGAAUCUACAACUAGUCUGCAAUUUCGUGAUUUCGUGGAAAGUGAAACGUUAGAAUUUUCAGUUUUAUGUCAUUAUCCAAUAGUGUGGAACGAUCAUCAGUUGUGGGAAGUCAACCUUACAGGAUGCAAGGCCACUAUUAAUCUUAUUUUCUUCCACAAAUGGUUUUUCACAGAUUUAAUUAAUGAUUGGUCUUCAAAACAACGACCCGAUCUUCUGCAUUUUGUUCCCUAUACCUGGAGAUUUGGAUUAACGUUAAAACAUUGUGAGCUAUUAACUCUAGUCAAUCAAUAUAACUGGAUAGAUUGCAGUAGCGUCGGACAAAGAAGUAGAUUGGAAAACACUCAGUUUGCGCUAUGUGCUCAUUUUCUCCAUCUUUCUUUUGAUUUACCAUUUGACGAGUUUUUACCAGAAACUGUACCAGUUAAUCUUUCAAUUCAGGGAGAAAGUAUAGAUUUGAGUCUUUUUAUCCCGGAAUUCCAUACUAGUCGAAAUAUAGUAUUAGCUUUAGAAAAACACGCUAAAGUUUUAUCGAAAGAUGGAUCUACAACCAAAAAGACCGAGGCCAUACCAAAAUGGAGAAAUAUUUGCCAAAAAAGUUCUGGUUGGGUGGACUUCUGGUGGGUUCCUAUCGGAGCUAUUAACAUCGUGUACACUUAUCAUCCCAGCCCACCGUUAGGACCUCAACCGCAAGCGAAUAUUUCUACACCCGUCAAAGAAGAAAUACUUUUAUCUCCGAUACGAUUUCCACAUCAAAGGAAAAAUCGAAAACGGUCUCCCGAUGGCACCAAGAGAUUCGACCCAACGACCUUAGAAGCAGACACUGUGAGUGUAGAACUGGAAAUUGGACCUUCUGUACUUCUUGUAUACGGAACAGCAUUGAAGAAUUUUAUGAAUUUCAAGGAAAAUAUUUUUGGAGAAUUUCAAAGCUUUACAGACAUGCAAAAAGUAGUCAAUAUAGAUAGUGGUUCGGAAAUAAAAUCUGAAGACAGCAAUUCAAACAUUCCAUUAGAACUUAGAGAUGACUUCGAUCACCGAUACUAUCGACCCUUGUCCGUAGAUGUAUCAAUUAUAAUGCACGAUAUUCAAGCUCACCUUCUUAAAAGUUGCACCGAAAAAGAUCCACCAUGUCCAGUUAUAUUAUGUGAGAGGUUUGGUUUUGAAAUGAAGAAGCGGUAUGAUCAGACUGAAUUGCAACUAUUAUUAAGUCCAGCAGUGUUGUUAGUAUCUGAUAAUGUUAAUAGAUCUCCCAAAGAGAAACAUUUAAAUCAAGGAAAACUGACACUAUCUUCCUUGCAGAUUCGUGGUCACGCAAUGUUUUCUGACGUUGGCCAAUCCUUAGACCAGGAUACCGUAGAAUAUGCGUGGCUGGUAGAAAUCCAACUAGGAAAACUCAGUGGAAAAAUAACAACUCCUCAACUAUAUUCAAUUCUUGCCUGCUUAGAAACCCUUAUUCUUCUCAUAACAGAUGAUGAGAAUGAACUAAAUAGUCCGAAAGACGAUGUUAUCUUAAGUCAACCAGUGGUUAAGAAGAAGAGUACGCAUUCCGUACAGAACGUUCACGUUCAGCAUGUACAACAGGCCAUUCAACAGUUACUGCAACCCAAAAACAGCGCCAAUGUUAGUAAUAAAAUUGCUCAAACAUCCAAUGUUGCUAAUAAAAGCGGAACACCCUCAGCCAAUGUUUCAAGUCAAAAGCCAUCUGCCCAAAAGGAUAAAAAGAAAGAAGACGAAAAGAAAGGUUCUGUAAGAAGCAGCGUGAUUACCAAUGCAGAACCGGUACCAACGGAACCAUUGAGUGAACAUAAAUUAAAGUAUAAGUUGUGUAGGGUAGCUGUAGAUGCAGUGGACUUCUGGCUUGUGGAAUCUGGAGCAGCUCUUCAAUUAUGGAUGUCUCCUGUCCGAUUGGCCAGUUGUAAUUUGCAUGGAAAACAAGUUAGCUCAGGAUUAAGUUGCAUAAUUUACAGCAUGUCGUUAAGACAACUCGCGUGGCAUCCACACAAAUACAACCAUUCCAAAGUUAAUUAUGAUACCAACGACUUAUGGCUUGAGGUGGGUGCCGUAAAUCUAGGACCCCUAAUAAUUGAAUCCGCCAUAUCUCCCGACAUCAAAGAUCCAAAUUUAUAUAACGACCAACAGAAAUUUCUCAGGAUGCACGAUGACAGGUUGAAGAAGCUUUGGUUCUUGUGGCCGAACCUUCAUAAAACUACAGGGAAAUGCGGUUGUACGGGUGGAUGUCUGUUUUUUGGAACUAACAUCAAUGGCACGCGAUUUUUCAAACCCAGUAAAAAGGAUUUGGAAGAAGGGAUGAAUGUAGCCGCUUUUCGUGUGAACCCACCUGGAAAAGAUCUUGGGUAUGGACAAAGUAUUCUUCAUGAAGGUAUGCUGAUAUUUCGAACACCUCCAUAUAUGAUAUCGGAAAUCACUCUUCAAGAUACCCAUAUGGGUCUCAGACAAUCUAGGAGGUACUGUGAAAGUCCAAAAGUUGUUCAUUUGGAGAAAGAAAGAUCGAUUGAGAAAGAGACUGUGACUACUGAUAAAAAAGUGAAUAGAAGAUUUUCAUCUACUUCUAUUAAGAGUGCCCUCUUAAAAGAAGUACCUUAUUCGAGACUGAUUGAAACUAGUCCUGCAAAUCUACCCACUAAACUGGAUAGUGAUUCAAAACUACAAUGUGAUAAGAGUAAACUAACUGUGGGCGACAUUUCUGAGCCGCUUCCUAAAAAUAGUGUAUCCGAUUCCAAAUUGGCUGUAGAUUAUUUCAGUGCCACCUCAGUAGAUAUAAAGGAACCAUAUUCUCUUACUCAAAGCGGUCCACCUAGUACUGAAGUUUCCGCUCCAUCGUAUUUAGCCAACAAGUUUGCUGGUUCGGAAUCUCAUCACUCUUUAAGCCAGAUGAGUUCAGAGGAGAGAAUACAGAAAGAAGUCCAAAGAACUACGUCGAUGUCCAGUGAAAAUCAUUCUGAAGCAUUCUUUUCAGCUGAUGAAGAUAUAAAUUUAAAUUCUAGAAGCUCGAGUCUGAGAAAUUCAAUUUUAAGUGCUGGAGAUACACUAACUAGACAAGAUAGCAACAGCGCUCCAACGCAGAGGAAGAAAUUUUCUAGCGAAUUAAGUAUUGCAACAGAUAGAAAUGGAAUCCUUGCACAUAAAAUGUCAGGUAAUCCGAUAAUAGCUCCUAGUAGUGUUCCAGAGACGUAUAGGUUGAAAUUAUCUUCCCACAGAAGUGAUCAUGAGAUUCACACUCCCGAGCAUAGAAGUUUUGUAGCUGGAAAACAGUUUGACGACUCCCAAAGAACAGUCCAAGGGUUAGUAACACCACAUCGUUAUCCAUUAAUACGACCAGUCAGUCCAAAAGUCCUGCCAGAGCCUUUCGAUUCCAGUGAAAUAUUAGAAGCGUCGUCGAACGGUCUUAAUGAAGGCAUACCUGAUUCUUCUGAUAGUUACAGCAACAACAGUUACGCAUCGGCUGUGGGCAGCCAAGAAGAUUUUACGCUCGUUGACUUGCAUAUGCAAGUCAAUCGAUUGAUAGUCGAUUCUCCGAUGCUUAUGUCGAGCUAUGUUACUCAUUUAACGCAAGUCAAAUGUACCAAUUGGGGAAGUACAGGCCAAGGAGACCAGUUUUCGCAACAUUUGUUUGAGAAAAAUCAAGAGGACAAACUGGUUUAUGUAGGUGCCAGAUUUGUCCCAAAUAUGGAAACCGUAAACGAUGGCAUAACAUCUCUAAAAAUGGUGUCGAGAUCCGAUAACAACAAAACUCCUACUUCUCCUUUUAUAUAUGUUUGGGAUCAGGAAGAAGUUGAAAACGAUUCGGGCUCUUUUCAAGAGGAGGAAUUAUUAAGUUGUCACGGUGAUGGCUGUUCAAGAACGACAUUAAUUGUUAAGUUGAAAGGGGACUUAGAUGUCAUGAUUAGUCCAUUGCUGUUGGAAACACUGCAAAAAUUUAUUGAUGCUCUUACACCAACUGUAGCGAAUUUACAUCCCCUAACUGUCAUAAACCAUCUACAUACUUCAUGUAUAGGACAAGUCGAAUCAGCAAAUAUCCUAAAAACAACCGACAAUGUUGCCAAGUUAUGCCAACCUCCUAGCGAAGACGGUAAAGUUAAAGCUCUUAAUGUGUAUGAAGAAACUGUUAAAACACAGUUGCAAGCUGCAAUCUUUUUACCAAAAGUUAAUGUUACAUUACUACAAGUAUCGAUUGUUGAAGAGAUUAUAUCAUUUUCGGCACUGGAUAAUAUUAAAGAUUUAACAUGUGUCUCAUUGUUCUCAGUUUGUUUUGAUAAUAUCAACGUGAAGUUACAUUGUGACAAACAAGCUAAGGAAGUACUCCAGAAAUUUUUAAGACCGGCCGUUGUACGUAGCGGCAGCAAAAAGGGAGCGAACAGAGCAAAGAUUUUGCUUGGAUUCCAAACUAAUACUAACUCUGACGUCAUUCAAUGCGAUCCUGUUUUUAUCGAAAGUUGUGAGAAGCAACAGCAACAAUUAGUCAUCAGUCUAAACGUUGGAAAAAUGCAUGCUCAAUUAAGAAGACUGAGGAAUGAAAGUUCUUUGUUAGAUGACGCUGUUAUUACUGCAAUACCAACUUAUAAAUCUAAAGUACUCUUUACCCCGACAAAAGUUAGAUCGCUUUAUAGAGGCAUGGAAUAUUAUCUGCAAUCGCCGGAUACUGAGAGCCACAGUAUUCCUACGGACGAUAUUAGCAUCGACGACAAACUCGGCUUUAUAAUGUUCGAAUGUGGCCUCGAAGGUGUCGCUAUUAAAAUAGUUAAAAAAUCGCUAUUUGAACACGUAGAAGAUGAUCCGCGGCCACCUGAAGUACCAGAACCUAUCGAUAAUUCCGAUAAAUCAAAUCAUACGACGCCGAAGUUAUCCGAAGCCAAAUCGCAAGGGCUCUUGACACCUAAGCUUAAAGAAAAAGACAGAAAAUCGACGCAGGAAGACGUAAACGUUAAACCGGAAAGACUUAGCGAGAACAAAGAAGUUACGAUUGUUCCUAAAGAUAACGGCAAUGUGUCGUCGUGUAUAAUUGAGUUUAAGGUCGUUUGGUUUAAUUUUGCAGCUCCACCAAGGGCUCCGAUCACAAGGAAAAUCGACUAUACAAGGUUAGACUGGAAUUUGUUAAGUACUGCAUCACCAGCAAUAAAUGCUUGGAUGAAUCCAAGUAAUAGACUAGCUAUUAGGGUGGUACAUAUGGUGAGAACUAUGUACAAAAGAUCUACUGCUACUAUAGCUUGUUUGAUGGCUGAAGCUCUUGAAGGACAAAGAAUAACGCUUUCCAAGAGUCGCUAUGGUAAACUGACCCCAUUGGCCCAGACCCUACAAGAAGAUCCCAGCCUUCAGUUGUGCUCCAUACUACAGAAAUACUAUUUAGAAGCUGAACCCGCGUAUAUAGAAUCGAAUUUAAGAGAGUCCGAAAUUCCUCAACUGUUUACCCUCAGACAGGGCGUAAUUGUUUUAAGUAGGCAAUGGAAGAACACUUUGUAUACUCCUCUGAUGCCACAACAUUCCAUAAAAAGCCGGAUCAAACCAAUUAACGUUACUAUAACUGUACCUGAUAUACAAGAGGAAACGUGCAUGACUGACGGUGAGGUGAGCGGCAAUGAAGAGCCCGAUAUUACCGACGAACAUGCGCGGUUGCUACACGCUGGUAUCAUUCUUAAGCCAAACGCUCAUAGAAACAUGGGAGCUCAGCCGAAAGAAAUAUUCGCUACUUUGCAACCUUCUCCACAUGUAUCGCGAUUUGGAGAUUCAUCUAGCAAUACACCCCAAGUGGCUGUCGUUUCUGGAGGAGUUGAAAGUGUUUUAACCUCGCCAAGCCCUCCAGUACCUCAUAGAAAGCGCAGAAAAAGCGCUCUGCCACCUCUGCAGCCCCCUAACAGUAGCAGGGCUAGUGUCGUCUUACCGCUUUUAAAUAACGCUAACCUCUUCACUGUCAAACGCCAAGAUGAUAAUAUAUUAUUAGGUUAUGGUACUUUACGAGGAGAAAAAGCAUUUGUGAAUCUUGGAUCAGAUCCUAGUGAUGCGUGCAGCCACUCCAGUCCGGAAAUACCUUCCAGUCCCAUCCAUAAAAAUUUAGGUCAUGACCAUUCUUCCGAAGACUUAUACAGUUGGAUGGCAAAACAAGAUGCUGCAACUUCGAACUUAGAAGGUUGUUUGGAGUCCAAAAUAGACACAAUGCAUACUCAGUCGUCUGGAGAUCGUGAUACUUUACCCAAAGAAGAGGAGGUGCCUUCAACUGGAGUACCUUUAUACCCCAUCCAAGAGUCCGUCCGACUUCUAGAUGCCAAUCAAGUUUUUCAGCCUUUACUCUCUGGGCUUGGAGUUAUGCCACAACAACUUAGAUUUACCACAAUGUCAGAUUCAAGCGCAGGAAAUGAAGUCACAACUUUAGAUGCUCUUGGUUCCAAUUUUUGUCUUGUGGGUAACAUGGAGACUAUGAGAAUCGACAUAGUUGUGUCAGAACAUGGAAAAGUCGAAAAAAAGAAAGGGAAAAAUAAAGGAAAGCGAUUGUAUAUCGAGGUCAAUGCAGAUGAAUCUCCAUCAUUUGUUUGCGAAAAAAUCGGAGUUGAACUAGAAAUAGAUCGAAUGACGGACAUGGCUGUUAACGAAAUGAUGAAAACAAAAAAUGUUUUAUACAUAUCGAGAGGACAACUUAAAAACCAUACGAGUACAGUCAUCAAUUUUACCAUCGGAGUGAGAUACAUUCACCAAAGAGUCAACAUGCCAUUACUGAGGCUGCUACAUCAAAUAAGUAACAUGUAUCAGAAUGUUAAAGAUACGCAGAAUGAAUUGAGGGAACAACAACCGGUUGAGAUAAGGAGGCCUAAAACUAGUGCGAGCGAUAAUGUAGAUAUCAAGCACCAUUCUUCUAAUUCUGACAUACACUAUCCCACUACAGACAUCUCGAAACAACUCAGUCUAAAAAUAUCAGAUCCCGGAUCAUACUCAUCACAACACAAGCCAAUAAUCUCACCCUCGCCCAGCAUCAGAUCUCGGCCACAAAGUUUUGCUCAAAAACUGCGAUCAACGGGCAAAACAGUGAAAGGUUACGUCAAUUUGAGCGAGGGAGUUGGGACGCCUAUGACCAUGUCCAGUCCUUCCGGUUCAGCUCUUGACCACAUCACGGUUUCUUCUGAUAAAAGUACGGGAAGAUGUUGGAAGACUAUUUAUUAUUUAUUAGAGCUGUACGCUAACAUGCCUGACACUAAAACUAUAAAACAUAGAUUUUCUAUUGGGGCAAAUGACAUAUCUGAACAUUACAAAGGUAGCAGGAAGUACGAUAUUUUAACAGAGAUACGUUCAACUGACGACAUGGACAAAUCUGAUACCAAUCCUAACGUAAAUAGUGCUAAAGACAGCCAGAAAUCCAAAGGGUCGCCUAAUGAACAUACGAAACUAAUAGUAUUUGGAGUAGCCAGAAUUCACAGAACGAGACUUCUAGCUACCCUUUCUGGUUUAAAAUUGGAAGCCGAAAUUACUAGUCUUCAUUCUUCCCUAACAUGUCGUAAAAAAUCGAUUCCACAAAUUUUAGAAUGUUCUUUAACUGGCCAAGUUGGAAGGACCAUGAUCGUGCUACUUGAAGGUGUGGCACCAAAUCAGCAAACCGUCGUCAAAGUGACCAUAGGAAAAUCUCAGGCGCUAUACUCUAGUAUAACUAAGCGACAAAAAGACAAAAAUUCUGGACUUUUAACAGUUGGGGCUGUCAAUGUCGAUAUUCCCCAACAUCCCGUAGCCCUACACGGAAUGGUAACUAGAGGAAGCAAGCAGUUAAGUUCUACUUUACAGGAAUUAAGAGUAACGAGAACGUCUAGCAGGUUGUCUAGAUUACCCAUGGAAGAUGAACAACAAAGUUCUCCAAAUCAUCAUGUCAGAGAUGAACCAGUACCCAGUCCAACAUUUAAUAAAACCAAUGUUACCGAACAGGGCUUAUUACAGCCUUUAGUAAUGCAGUUUUCUGUAAUUUUACAGAGUUUAAGUAUAACGGCAGCUCUUUUACCAUCCUUACAAGCUCAGUACAAAAUGGACCAAGUGAACAGUACUGGUUUUACUGGAAGUAAAGCCCGAUUCACGAUUGAUUUACCACACCACUCUUUGAGUUUUACUACCAAACUACCUCAGGGUUAUAACCAAAACGAAAAAGCAGACACAAAUCUCCCUUCAGAAGCAAGUAUUGCCCUCCCAGCUGUUCAUGUUGUAGCCGAAUACAUUCCUGAAAAUGCAGCAAGUGGUCUAAGGGAUGGACAUCGUGGUCCAGAAGGAGUUAUAUUUAGACAGGGUGGUUAUUUAAAUGCAAAUGCCGAUAUAGGCGUCUUCGAACAUAGCCUUACCACUGAUCUUUUAAAUCAUCUAGUUUUUGUUCAGAAAGUAUUUAUGAAAGAGGUUAACGAAGUUGUACAAAAAGUUUAUGGUGGAGAAAGGCCAGUGCCGAUAUGGUUGGAAGAUUCUGAAGAACAUUCCAGUGUAACCAGAUUAUUAUUUUCAUUGGUAAUUAAAAUGCAGAGGAUGCAAUUAACUGCGACAACAGCAGGGAGCUCAGCUGUAAGAUUGGAGACUGGUGCUGUUGUUCUAGAACUGUCCAAUAGAGUUCAAAAUUUGUCUGGUUCGACAAAGAAAAAUGCAAAUACUAGACUUUUUGGAAAAGCUCAAGUUGAUUUAAACCUUUCUCUAGGUCAAUUGAUACGGAAUGCUGUCUUUGAGGAAGCGGAUAUAGAAUAUCAACCAGUAGCUUUCUUUAACACAAGAAUUGCUCUUAGAAAUGCUUUUCAAGAUGAACUAAUUGAGGGUGAAGAUAAAGAAGUCGUUCUGAUUACGCUGAAAAGGCCGCUUAUUUACGUACAACCCGUAGCAGUAGACAAGGCUAUUUUGGUAUGGCUAAAUUACAAAAACGCUUACGAUUAUUGGAAUGAGAAAAGAGCCAAUUUGAACAAAGAAGUUCUAAAUGCAACUCAACAAGUUUAUGAAAAGUUUCAACUGGGGCAAUUGACUAGUCAACUUAGUGGGCCAUAUGUUGGUACCUUGUUUUUACAACUUACUGUUGAGGACAUGGGAAUCUGUCUCCCACUUAAUCCCCUACCAUUAGCUAACUGGAGCCAACGAAAUGUUUAUGACGAUAAUAGAGGAGCGGUCGUUAUUACUUUGGAGAAUACUAGUAUAUCCGCAUGCAAUUCUGGUUCUCUUGUAAGCAAAGGUAAAUUUACGAACCUUUGUCUCCGAUUUGCCGACGACUUUGAAAACUCUUUGGAUGACUGGAAACCAGAUAUGACAGAUUCGUCAAUCAUGAAUCUAUGUGUGGUAAGCGAAGGAACGUAUGAGGUAUGCAGUCGAACUAUAGCUGCCAAACAGCCAAAUGAAAAUGCAAAAUGGUUCCUCAAUGUACAAUGGCAGAUGGAAGGCGUUGACAUUCAUUUAGAUACCAACGUAGGUAAGCAAUUAUCGGCAUUGGGCCAUACUUUAACAAUGCUGACAGGUGCUGAGGAAACAGGAAUCCCAUUAGACUAUGACAGCGAUGACAAUGAACCUGGAGAUGGUACAAGAGCAUCACAGGAAAGCAUUUUACCUGCAUUUAUGUUCGAUCCAAAUAUAGAUAACAAAAUUAGGUCAAAACUUAUCGAAAAGGAAAUGAACGAACAAGCAAAAAUUAUCAACGAUUUGAGGUCUCUAGGUGCGUCACAUGGUACUAUAGAAAUGGAAAUGAGAAGAUUGCAAGAGUUGGAAACUAUGGUAUAUAAAGAUUUCAGAAGGGACAUGUUGCAAAAACUAAGAAGACAAAGCGUGAGGGCUUCAUCUAUCAAAGGAAAAUUUGGUUUGGGUUCAAAACCUACAACAUUUAGGUCCAAAUCAUUCGUCGUUCCUAGCGCGAUGCCCGAAGGAAGAGACAGGUCAAAGUCUUUAGUAGUAGUUCCUAGUUGCCAUUAUGACAGUAACGAGAGCCCAGAAAUAGCAAAAACCAGCAUUGAAACAAACGUAGCUAGUAGCUAUGAAAGUUCACCUAGAUCUGGACCGUCACGAUCAGCCUCUUUAAGGGUCAAGGUGGGAGAUCCUGGCCCGAGAGUGACGUUCAGUGAUACUCAGACCAUUGGAAGGCAAAAAUCUUUACCGAGCGCCAGCUCAGAUUUGAGUUUACCAGAAACACAACUUGAAGAUUGGGUAGAUCAGAUAAAUAUAGACGGACAAAAAGUAACUCUCAGAAAAAAAUUACCAGCAUCCUACGAAUCCGUCGAUGGAUCGAUUUUGUCGGACUCUUUCUCGGACCAAGCUUUGGGUUCCACUCCUUUCCAAAGUGGAAAUAUGAAUACUUCUUCAAUUACGCAGAAAGCCCAAGAACCUAAUAUAGACUUAGAAUUAGACGUUAAAGUAUUUAUAAACAGUGGAAAAUGUGCUUUACAUACCAAAGAUCCUGUUAGAGAAGAAGAAGCCAAAAUAACUCGUAUGAGAAAAGACAGAAGUUGUUCGGCAGGCCUUCUAGAAUUCCCUACUACCUCUUCAAGUCCCGAUGCAAUUAGAAAAAACAAAGAGAAAUUAACAUCCCAAAGCAGUUCUUCCAAGUUGAGAGGCACAACACAUGCAUCUGUUUCUGAUAUUACGAUUUUUCAUAUACCAGGAAUGGACGUCAAAAUUCAAUAUCAGUCAAAGGUAAUAACUGAAGAAGGCACUGCCCCCGUUGGGAGUGAAGCUUCUCCAGACUUCGAUAAAGCAUUCCAACAAACUCCAAACAAACCUAACGGAGAAUCAGACCAGGUUAGAAUAGAUAGAGCAUUCAAACGACAAGAAACACAUCCAGUGGACAUAAAGACCAAAUAUCUACCUGACUUGGAGCUUAAGGGGUCAAAUUCUAUGCAAGGUAUUACUAAUCCCAAUUAUGGACACAGCCCGACAUCCAGCAAAACCAGUUUAGAUGACCUACAGUUCGGUAAUUUUACACCACCCAGUGAAUUUCAAAAACCGUUUACAACCAAUCUGCCAUUUACUAAGAAAUCGGGGGUAAAGAAGGCUUCCUUAUUUGUUUGGAUGACGCUGCAAAGUGUUCCGGAAGAAACAAUUAUCAGUCCACAUAUUUUAGAGUUUUUGGAACAGACUUUAGAACCAAUUCCUAUAAAGACAAUGUCAGACACUGAUACAUCUCUCUUAACUACAGAACAAGAUUUAACUAAUUACGGAAAUUAUGUUUACGCUAGUUUUCCAGUAGAUGUAAUAGUUUAUUUCCACAUGCAGCCUAGUACUUUUAGAUUCAGUUGUUUACCAGUAUCCAGAGUGGAGUGUCUGCUUCAACUACCAUCACUAGAUAUUGUAUUCAGUUCUAAAAGAGCUGAAGAUGAGCUAAUUUACAGCGAAUUUGGCGACGGUGCACCCAAUACAGCCGCCACUGCUGUAGGAGGUUUAAGUGUAACUAGCUGCUUGUCCGAUUUUUCCGUAUACGUAUUUCAUCCAUAUGGUGGUAAAAAGUCAGCAAUUAAAGAAGCUCAAUGGUCACCAUUGUCUGAUAGCGAAAGAAAAGAUUCAUUGUCGGUAAACGUUGAGUUUGUCAAAUUUCAUUUAUCACGAUCGAGAAUGUUAAAUUUCAAGCAAGAACCGACAAAAGGGAAAGGAGUAGAUCAAAGUAGAGCUGUUAUCAGAUUUUCAACUAUUAUUGAUAUCGGCUCAGCAUCUUUCAAAUAUGACAUGAGGAGACUUACAGAAAUUUUAGCAUUUCCAAAAGCGUGGUACCGACGGUCCAUAGUGCGCCGAAUGUUUUUAGGAGACUUAAGUUUGUCAACACCUUUCAACGAAGAGGAUGAUUCUUUUUCGUCACACAACGCUUCUCCGAAUUUAUCACGAGGACAAGAGAGGUCCAGCAAAACCGACAAAUCGCCACAUCUCAACACCAGUGAUCGCCACAAGAUGGGUUUGGAUUCUGAUCAUGCGCACCAUAAACUGAAGGACACAGGAAAAACUUUGAGUUCAGAUUCGUAUCCAUCUGAUACUCCUAACGUAUUGGAGCAUAAAAAUUCUUCAGCUUGGGAGACUCUGGUACUAUUUGCUGUCAAUUUUAAGAAAUUAAAUGUUCACAUGAAUAUGGGAAACGUCAUGGGAAAUGUUUCUUGGUUAACGAGAGAAUUUAGAAGUGAUGGCAGAUUGAGUAUAGGCUCGACGGGGCAUAAGAACUUGUACAUUGCGUUAGGUUUGGGAGGUUCUGGAUUAGAUGCUAAAGGUGGUAUAGUUGGUGGAAACAUUGAGAUAUCUCGAAUAAAUACCUAUAUUUACAUCAGAGAAGAAGCGAAUGUAGAACCAGAUCACAAAGUAUGCUUACGGCUACACGCUCUUGAGUUAAGGCUAGAUUAUAUGGCAACGUCGGUGCUAAUGUGCAGAGUUAGUGAUUUAAAUGUCAAUCUAAGAGACGAAUGGAAAUUGAACAAGGUUAACACGUCAAGAGAUUCUUUCAUGCCCACCAGAAGACCCGCAAACAUCUUCAUGCACGGAGUACUUGGUUGGGAUCAACUGCAAAUGAUUAUUUCCAAAUCUACAACUGCCGAUCUGCUCAAAAUGUUUAACAAACUAGAAGAAUUCUUUUCCCAGCAGUUUAACAGCAGCAAAAGAGCAUUUAGUAGUUUUGCUGGAUCCGGAAGACCUUCGAGAGUAACUCCACAAAAAAAUCGAGAAUCGUCAGUACCUCCCCAACUUCCUGCAGCUCCAACUACGGAUGCCAGACACCACAGGCAUUGGCAGAAAGUCUUGGCACACGUAGCAGGACUUCAAUUGAAAACUAUGCCUCUUCCUUUGCCUUCAUUUGGCACUGUUCUCGGUGGUACAAUGGAGUUACAAGGAAAUAACAUUUCGUUGGCUUGCUUCCAUGGAAUUAAUUUCAAAAGCAAGUCGUGGGCUUUGUUCAGUUUGAAAGAGCCUUGUAUCAAUUUCAAUACAGAGAGCCAAGAGAUUCCUGCAAAUGUAUCUCCAGAUGAGAUCCCUAAGCAAGAUGUGCAUGUGGUGCAAACAUUGACGUGCAGUUUGGGCUUAAGCACAUAUAAAACACAUUUGUCAAUGGCUACAGUGUGCAAAGUUUCAAGAACUGUCAUAUUUCCUCCCCAGUUUAAAAGUUUACAAGAAUGGUUCCAUUAUACGUUUUCCAACAGUCAAAUAGAUGAAGUCGACAGGUUUCCUUCGUUGGAAAAAGAAAAAAUGGACGGUUCGAUGGAGCGAGCAAGAGGAGCUACUUCUUCUCCCAAGUUGGCAGAUCACAAUCAUACCAGAGAGGUUAUUUUUGCUCUUCCCAGCUUACAGUUUCAUCUUAAAACUGAACAUUUGCAAACUGCUGACAUUCCGGAUAUUUUAGGUGAUAAACCAAUGGUCGACUGCAGUUUUAUAACGGAAUUUGAAGAUCAUAUUUUUGUAACUGUUGACGCUGAAGCAUUUUUCUUUUUGCACGAUUUAAUAACUUCGUAUGUUAAAGAGAAAGAACGGGUGCUGGGUGGUGUAGAUAGACGUUCCGCCAUCGACCAAGAAAAGCCAAAAUCUCUAAGUGAAACACCAAAGAAAGGUUCUAUCGAUGUAGACAUUUUCGCUAAAGACUGGCGUAACUACAAUUGUAAAACGUGGCAUCUGGAACCAACAGUGCGACUGCUAAGUGUAGCCGGAAAAUACAUAGAACCUUAUGGCAUCGAUUACAUUCUACAAAAAUUGGGAUUUUCCCACGCAAGAACUACGAUUCCAAAGUGGAUGCAAAGAGGUUUUAUGGAUCCGCUGGAUGCAAUAUUAGCUGGCUUAACCUUGAGGAUGGUGCAAGUAGUAAAAGGAGACGGAAAUAAAGAAAAAGAAAAGGAAAAAGUUGCAAUUGAAGGGAAAAAGUGAUAAUUGUUUGUAGAGUCAAGAGGCAGUUUUACUGUAGUUAUCGUUAUAUAAUAUAGAUUAGCUUCAAGCUAUAUAUUUGUGAUAUUUUGGGGUUGAGUAUAUCAAUGGUAAAAUGAAGGGAAGACAUGUUGGCAUUUUUAUAAAAAAUGUAACUUUAUUAUUUACUAGUUUAUUGUAUACUAUUGUGUUCCAGUUAUAUAUUAUUUAUAUCAUACUUAUGGUACCUACUGUUAAAAUAGGGUUGUUUUUUGUAUUUAUUUUAUUGACUGAAAUAUGUAUUAUGAUUAAUAGAUAAAUAAAGCAUCUAUCUAGUA